AUGCCUCUGCCGUUCCGCAAGGCGAAGCCCGCCGCCACGGCGUCGACGCCCGAAGUCGCAACCACAGCAUCGUCCAAGCCGGGCUCCCACGAGGGCUACUACGCCAACGACUCCGACGGCCACCCUGAUCCCGACAGCCUUGGCAAGGUGCACGCCCAGAAGGACCACGACGGCGACGACAACGAGGCCGAGGCCGGUGCCGACCUCGCUCAGGUCAACACUUCCGCCACCGAGGACAUCGAGUAUCCGUCGGGCCUCAAGCUGGGCCUGCUGCUGGCGUCCGUCUUCAUCAGCAUGUUCCUCGUGGCCCUCGACCGUCUCAUCAUCGCCACCGCCAUCCCCCAGAUCACCGACGACUUCCAUUCCGUCGAGGACAUUGGCUGGUACGGCAGCGCCUACAUGCUGGCCACCUGCGCCUUCCAGCUCAUGUUCGGCAAGGGCUACAUGUUCUACAGCAUCAAGACCGUCUUCCUGGCCGCCGUCGGCCUGUUCGAGAUUGGCUCCGCCGUCUGCGGUGCCGCCCCGUCCUCGGUCGCCUUCAUCAUCGGCCGCGCCAUUGCCGGCGUCGGCGCUGCCGGCAUCUUCUCCGGCGUCAUCAUCAUCAUCGUCUACGCCGUGCCUCUGCACAAGCGUCCGCUCUACCAGGGCAUGUUCGGCGCCGUCUUCGGCCUCGCCUCCGUCAUCGGUCCCCUCCUCGGCGGUGCCUUCACCACCAACGUCACCUGGCGCUGGUGCUUCUACAUCAACCUGCCGCUCGGCGGCGUCGCCAUGGUCUUCAUCUUCUUCCUGCUCAAGAUCCCCGACCGCGACACCACCAAGAUCCCCACCAAGGACAAGCUGCGCCAGCUCGACGGCCUCGGCACCUUCUUCUUCAUUCCCGGCUGCGUCUGCUUGCUGCUCGCCCUCGAGUGGGGCGGUGCCACCUACGCCUGGAGCAACGGCCGCAUCAUCGCCCUGCUGACCCUCGCCGGCGUGCUGCUCAUCGGCUUUGUGGUCGUCCAGGCCUUCAUGCCCGACACCGCCACCGUGCCCCCGCGCAUCUUUGUCCAGCGCAGCAUCAUGGCCGGCGUCUUCUCGACGCUGUGCAUCGGCGCCCAGAUGAUGAUUUUCAUCUACUACCUGCCCAUCUGGUUCCAGGCCAUCCAGGGCGUGUCCGCCGUGAACUCCGGCAUCCGCACCCUGCCGCUUGUCCUGGGCAUGGUCGUCGCCUCCAUCGGCUCCGGCGCCUCCAUCUCGCGCGUCGGCUACUACUCGCCCUUUAUGAUUGCCGGCGUCGUCUUCAUGUCCAUUGGCGCCGGCCUCCUGACCACCCUCCAGGUCGACACCGGGUCCAGCAAGUGGAUCGGCUACCAGGUCCUGUUCGGCUUUGGCAUGGGCCUGUCCUUCCAGACCCCCAACCUGGCCGCCCAGACCGUCCUGCCGCGCCGCGACGUGCCCAUCGGCACCUCCCUCAUGUUCUUCAGCCAGCUGCUCGGCGGUGCCAUUUUCGUCAGCGUCGGCCAGAACGUCCUGGACGCCCAGCUCAUCCAGCGCCUCGCCGGCAUCCCCGGCCUCGACGCCGCCACCAUUCUCGGCAGCGGUGCCACCAGCCUGACCCACCUGCCCGACGACAUCAAGCCCGCCGUCCUCCUUGCCUACAACGAGGCCCUCCGCAAAGUUUUCCAGAUCGGCCUCAUCAUGGUCUGCCUGACCAUCAUCGGCGCCCUCUCCAUUGAGUGGCGCAGCGUCAAGAAGAACCUGCCGGACAAGAACGCGCCGGCCGAGGGCAAGGCCGAGGAGGGCACGUCGGCUGCUGCGACGAGCGAGAAGGCGGCUGGCCCUGCUGCUGCUGCUCCUGUGGCCGCCCCGGGCAGUGCCACGACCACCGCCGCCGCCGGCACCUCGGGCCGCACCACCCCCGACACCGAUGAGAAGGAGUUGAGCGUGGCUGCUGCUUCAAAGCCCACCGUCACCGAUGGGGAAAGGGCAUGA